UCUCUUUGCGUAUGUAUCCAUUUGAUCUCGCAGUCUGCCCAUGAAAUAAUACAUUUUGCGCCUUUCCCUCUUUAUUGCACCAGUAUUCCCAGAGGAACAAGUAUAUGGGUGCUGUCAUAUGUGUGAAUAUACAAAAAGGAUGGCCUCGAGCGGUUCAUGUCAUCUGGGGUACUUACUGUACGCCUUGGCGUUUUUGCAGGGAAGUUGCAGCUCGAUUUCGCCGAGCAUUCUUUUCGUCGACCUCACCACUACGAGCUCCAUCAACGCCCAUCUCAUCCCAUUCGCCCCGACACCAGCGUCGUCAACCCCCCUCCAACCCCAUCCUAUCCGUCAACAUGGCUUCUCCCGAUCCUAGAGAAGCUUGGAAUCGUCUCCAAACCGAACUCGCUCGCCGCACCUCUCGAUUCGGAGGUGCCGGCGGCGGUCCACCAAAGGGCAUGGGCUCCGGAUUGGCGGCUAUCGGUUUGAUAGUCGGUGGUGUAUUUGUUGCAAACAACGCGCUGUUCAAUGUUGACGGAGGUCACCGAGCAAUCAAGUACACAAGGUUAGGCGGUGUUCAAAAGGAGAUUUACAGCGAAGGAACACAUUUCCGACUUCCCUGGUUCGAAACACCCAUCACCUACGACGUGCGCGCGAAGCCGCGAAAUGUCGCCUCUCUUACUGGCACCAAGGAUUUGCAGAUGGUUAACAUAACGUGCCGUGUUCUUUCUCGACCGCGCGUCGAAGCUCUGCCCCAGAUCUACAGAACUCUCGGAACCGAUUACGAUGAGCGCGUGCUCCCGUCGAUUGUCAACGAAGUGCUCAAGAGUGUCGUUGCGCAGUUCAAUGCUAGUCAGUUGAUCACGCAGCGUGAGAACGUCAGUCGCAUGGUGAGGGACAACUUGGUGAGGAGAGCGGCGAGGUUCAACAUCAUGCUCGAUGAUGUUUCCCUAACUCACCUUGCCUUCUCCCCCGAAUUCACUGCCGCCGUUGAGGCCAAGCAAGUCGCACAGCAAGAAGCGCAGCGCGCUGCCUUCGUCGUUGACAAGGCCCGCCAGGAGAAGCAGGCCACCGUCGUCCGCGCCCAGGGUGAGGCACGUUCCGCCGAGCUGAUUGGUGAUGCCAUCAAGAAGUCGAGGUCAUACGUCGAUCUGAGGGAGUUCGAGAACGCGAAGAGCAUUGCGCAGAUAUUGCAACAAUCGCAGAACAAGGUCUAUCUGGAUACCAGCGGCCUGGGUCUCAACAUCAGCCAAUCGCUCUCGGAUAAGGAGAAGAGGGCCAAAUAAGCGGUUCGAAGUGCGUGGUGGCUGGUCGAAGAGCAAGCAGAGAGAAACAAAAUUCAUUAACUGUAUAACCACAUGCCGUGUAUAAUUAGCGAUCAGGAGAUAGGAAGAAGGUUGAACGUUGAGCGUGGGUUAUGCAUGGCCACUAGCUUUCCACUCUUGUCUUAAAUGGUAAACAGAUUCCUCACACACUCCAAUGACACAAGACUUUUUUUUUUCAUUUCGCUUGAAUUGGUUGCCGUCAUCGAAAACCACUGUUGUACACGUGCAUGCUGUGGUGUUUAGUCUGCUAAGAUGGCGAGUAUUCAUGCUACAAACGCUUCAUUCAACAGGAGUCAACCCAGUAACGGACAACAGAUGGCACGACUUAUUCUC